AAGUAUGUAGAGGUAGAAGUGGGCGGGUCUCAUCCAGCCAAACAAAGGAAUGUUUACUGAGAUUGUCCAUAAAUUAUAUCCAUUUAUCUAGCUAGCUAGCUAGCUGUUGUGCAACAUGCUCUCUGCUAUAAGGAAGCUGCUUCCCUCCAUGGCUCCCCUCAAUGUGAGGGUGUCCAGCUCUAGAAUGCUCUCCACUCCUGCCCCAAAACAGUUUGAGGACAUCCCAGGGCCCAGGGGCUACCCUUUCAUAGGUACUGCCCUCGACUACAGGAAUGACAAGUUUACCAUGUUCAGAGUCUUGAAGAAGAGGCUGGAAAAGUAUGGUCCUUUGUAUCGAGAGAAGAUGUUUCCAGGGAUGCCGGAGCAAUUGGUGGUGUUUAUGCCUGACGAUAUCGAGACUGUGUUUCGAUCGGACUCUAUUUGGCCAAAUAGGCCAGAGGGUGGGGAGAUCACUCAGAAGCUGUUCAGAGAUUCUGGAAUGACAGAAAUUGGAAUAAUUAGCGCACAAGGUGAGCAGUGGCACAAGAUGCGGUCUCCAAUGUCCAAGUUCAUCAUGGUCCCCAGGAAGGUGGCAGAGUAUCACGAGGGCUUCAACAACAUCACAUUGGAUCUCAUCAAGAACAUAGAGAUGAAGAAGGACUCUCACUCGGCCCUACUCAGUGAUGUGCCCAGUCUACUCUUCAAUUGGUCCUUUGAAUCUGUUGCUUUAUUUUGCCUCGGGAAGCGGCUUGGGGCACUCACUGAAAGUGGAGAGACUUCACCAGAAAGCCAAGAGUUCAUUAAAUACGUUGGAAAGCUGUUUAAUGACUUCACAGAAGUUUUAUUCGCAGUUCCUCUCUAUCUUAUCUAUCCAACAAAAGGGUGGAAGCAUAUUGUCAACGUGAACAAGACAGUACACAAGCUGGCACGUCAGUUCAUCGACGAGAAGCUUGCUGAGAUUGCUGAGGAUGACAGGAGAGCCUUGGAGGCAGUCAGUGGUGAGGAGGAGGUCCCUGACAAAGUGGACUUCAUUACUUACAUGAUCCACUCGGGGAAGAUGAGCGUCGAAGAAGUUUCAGUGAAUAUCGUCGAUCUACUCAGUGCCGGAGUGGAAACUACCUCGUACACACUUUCUUGGGCUCUCUAUUCUCUGGCCAGCAAUCCUGAGGCUCAAGAGAAGCUUAGAAAUGAGAUACAGAGUGUUGUCGGCUCAGACAAGAUGGUCACUCCUGCUCACAUCAACCUGAUGAGCUAUCUUAGGAGCAUCAUCAAAGAAACUCAAAGACUCUACCCAGUUGCUGUGUUCAAUCAGCGUGUCCUGCAGCAAGAUGUUGUUCUCUCAGGGUAUACCGUUCCUGAAGGGACUGAAGUUUUACUUCCACAAAUUCUCCUUGGACGAAUGCCCGAGUUAUUCUCUGAGCCGGACAAGUUCUCACCAGAGAGGUGGAGUAAAGAGAACAAGGACUCACUGCCCAGCAUGUUCGCUCAACUACCCUUUGGGUUUGGUGCCAGAAUGUGUGUGGGUCGUCGGCUAGCUGAGCUAGAGCUCCACAUUGCCUUGGCUCACCUUAUCAGGGAGUACAAGGUGGACUGUCUCGACAAAGAGCCAAUGGGGUACAUGAUGAAGGCACUGCUGAAACCUGACAAACAACUGAACCUAACCUUUAACAAACUUUGAUUUACAUAUACAAUGACUGCUUAAAAAUAAUUUUCAUUAUAUUCAAUAGCUUGUUCGUUUUGAUUCUUUAAUUCAGAGGUAAUUGUAAUAACACUUUCCAGUAAUUUGCGAACAUUUGCCAUUAAUUUGUGUACAUGAUCGAUAAUUGUGUAUAUCUCA